UUUGAGGGGUGUGGAAGGUUUGUGACCCACUCACCCGACUUUACCCCUCACCGGCGGGGAGACGUGGGCUCGGGCUCGGCGGCUGGGGCCGGGAGACCUUUCGGCCCACGGAACCCUCUCCUGUGAGAACAGGACCGCCCAAACGCGGAGCCUUCGCUUCCAGGAAAGGCAGGGACGCCCCCUCUCCGCCCCGCCAGGGUCGCUCACAGGCUGAGGAGAGAGAAGGCUCUGAGGCAGAAGCCCUGGGGUCUUGCCCGGCCCCCAGCCCACGAAAGUUUCCUGUGUCAGUGCCUUUUUAGCCUCCUCGCCACAGUUUCCUUUUCUGUAAAUCGGUGUUAAUGACAUUAAUCUUCUCACCAUCAGGGGUUAGUCGUGUGAUAAUUACUACCAUUUAUUUAUUGAACAGUUGCAAUCCGCCAGGCACUCUGCUAAGUAUUUUGCUUUGAUAUUUUCCCGUCAUCUUUAAAACAACUUUAUGAGUGUGGACCCUGUCAGCAGCCAGGCCAUGGGACUCUCUGAUGUCACCCUUAUUGAAGGUGUGGGUAAUGAGGUGACUGUGGUGGCAGGUGUGGUGGUGCUGAUUCUAGCCUUGGUCCUAGCUUGGCUUUCUACCUACGUAGCAGACAGCAGUAGCAAUCAGCUCUUAAACACUAUUGUGUCAGCUGGCGACACAUCCGUCCUCCACCUGGGGCACGUGGACCAUCAUCUGGUGGCGGCCCAAGGCACCCCAGAGCCAAAUGAACUCCCCCAUCCAUCAGAUGGUAAUGAUGAGAAGGCUGAAGAGGCUGGAGAAGGUGGCAGAGACUCUGCAGGGGAUUCUGGAGCUGGAGGUGGCAUUGAGCCCAGCCUUGAGCAUCUCCUUGACAUCCGAGGCCUGCCCAAAAGACAAGUGGACCCAGAGAGCAGCGGCCCAGAAGCCCCCCCGAGAUCUGAGGAUAGCACCUGCCUGCCUCCCAGCCCUGGCCUCAUCAAUGUGCGGCUCAAAUUCCUCAAUGACACGGAGGAGCUGGCUGUGGCCAGGCCAGAAGAUACUGUGGGCACACUAAAGAGUAAAUACUUCCCUGGACAAGAGAGCCAGAUGAAACUGAUCUACCAGGGCCGCCUCCUGCAGGACCCAGGCCGCACACUGCGCUCCCUGAACAUUACCGACAACUGUGUGAUUCACUGCCACCACUCACCUCCAGGGUCAGCUGUUCCAGGCCCCUCAGCCUCCCUGGCCUCCUCAGUCACUGAGCCCCCCAGCCUCAGCAUCAGUGUGGGCAGCCUCAUGGUGCCCGUGUUUGUGGUGCUGUUGGGUGUGGUCUGGUACUUCCGUAUCAAUUACCGCCAGUUCUUCACAGCACCUGCCACUGUCUCCCUGGUUGGGGUCACUGUCUUCUUCAGCUUCCUAGUAUUUGGGAUGUAUGGACGAUAAGGACAUAGGGAGGAAAAUGAAAGGCAUGGUCUUCCUCCUCAUAGCCUCCCCCUUUCCUGGCCAUAGCUGGGCCAAUGGCCUGGGAGGGAGGGAGGGAAAGGAUAUGGUGGGUUCUCUUCCAUAGGACAGAGGAGGCUGGUAUGGGGCCUCCCCUUCAUGUCCACAAGGGUAUAGACAUCCCCUCUGUGCAAGCACAACUCAGGUAGAAACGAGGAUGUCAUCUUCCUUCUUUUUAGGGUCCUGAGUUCAGAGCCACCCUGGUGGCCCAGCUCAGUGGGGAGCCUGGGCUCUGAGGAUUUUCUCCUGUGACCCUAGCUCUUCCCACUGUCCUGCAUGUUUGCUCCUCAGCGUUCAGGCGGCCUGCCGGGGCAGUGUAGCAUGGCCCCAGCAUAAUCCUGUAGGGAGCCUGGAGUAUCUUUCAGUUCCUUAGUGGAAUAGCCAUCUUUUGACUGAAAUCACACAGGCAGGAAUGAAGGUUGUCAGCUUGUCCUAUAGGCACCGAGCUGCCCUCUCCCUUCUCCCUCUACCUCUGUAGCAGGAAUAGAGUGUUCUCCAUGUUCUGGACAGUUUCCAGUGUUCUUUUUUUCAAAGCACUUUGCUUGCAUUCUUUUUUUUUUUUUUAGUCCUUUAUAGAGCUCUGUCAGGAAGGGGAUUGGGGCACAAAGCCAAGCCCCCACCAUUGGGGGAGGCCAGGCCACAGCUGCUGCUACCCUAGGCCUAAGGCUGUAAGCAAGAAACGGCUCUGGCUCUCAGCCAGUGACCAGCACUGCCCAGCUCCAAGGAGCUCUGGGUAUGGAGCACUGUGCCCCAGGCCCUUGUCUCAGGGGCUGUUGGAUGGAGGGCCAGUGUCUGUGACUGAAUAAAGUUCCAUUUUGUGGC